UCAACUUAAUCAUUUUCUUCUACCCAUAUAAGAAUUUCACAGACACACCAUUGUGCGUCGACAAAUUCUUCUUCUUUUAUUCUCUUCAUACUUCACUAGUUUCUAGUGUCAUACCAACCGAGCAGGAGAGGUUGAAAGGCACUUCAGCUUCAGUGUUGAAUUCUCUUUUCCCUUUUCUGUAUCCUAAUUUCUACUUCUAUUUCUAUCCAUCUAAGACCUUACUACGCCGCUUUGUUGCCAUUCUAUCUGCGACAAACACCCUCCCACCAUGGCUCGCUCUCAGAGCUACUGGGCUAUUGCCUUUGGCAUGAUAGCCUGGAGCCUUCUUCUCUUUAGCCCUCUGGCAUUCGUCGGAACUGCGAGAGCAGACGACGUUGCUGACUAUGGCACUGUUAUCGGUAUUGAUUUGGGAACCACAUACUCUUGCGUCGGUGUGAUGCAACAGGGCAAGGUUGAAAUUCUCGUCAACGACCAAGGAAACCGAAUUACCCCCUCAUACGUUGCCUUCACUGAAGAAGAGCGACUGGUAGGAGAUGCUGCCAAACAACAGGCAGCUUCCAACCCCAGGAAUACUAUAUACGAUGUUAAACGAUUCAUUGGCCGAAAGUGGAGCGAGAAAGAAGUCCAAAAUGACAUCAAGCACUUCCCUUACAAGGUGGUUGAGCAGGAUGGCAAACCCGUUGUCCAAGUCGAUUUCCAGGGCGCCAAGAGGACGUUCACCCCCGAAGAAAUAUCUGCCGUCAUUCUAGGCAAGAUGAAGGAGGUUGCCGAGUCCUACUUGGGCAAGAAGGUUACCCACGCCGUCGUUACUGUCCCUGCCUACUUCAAUGACAACCAGAGACAAGCUACCAAGGACGCCGGUAUCAUCGCUGGUCUUAACGUUCUCCGAAUUGUUAACGAGCCUACUGCUGCCGCUAUCGCCUACGGUCUUGACAAGACUGGUGGCGAGCGUCACAUCAUCGUCUACGAUCUUGGUGGUGGUACUUUCGAUGUCUCCCUUCUGUCCAUCGAAGAUGGUGUGUUCGAGGUCUUGGCCACCGCUGGUGACACCCACUUGGGUGGUGAGGAUUUCGACCAGAGGAUCAUCAACCACUGGGCCAAGAACUACAACAAGAAGAACUCGGUCGACAUCACUAAGGACCCUAAGGCCAUGGGUAAACUCAAGCGCGAAGCCGAAAAGGCCAAGCGAACCCUGUCUUCCCAAAUGUCCACCCGUGUCGAAAUCGAAGCCUUUUAUGAUGGCAAGGAUUUCUCCGAGACCCUUACCCGAGCCAAGUUCGAGGAGCUCAACAUCGACCUCUUUAAGCGAACUCUUAAGCCCGUUAAGCAGGUCCUGGAUGACUCCAAGAUCAAGAAGGACGAGAUCGAUGACAUCGUUCUCGUUGGUGGUUCCACUCGUAUCCCUAAGGUCCAGGCUCUUCUCGAGGAGUUCUUUAACGGCAGGAAGGCCAGCAAGGGUAUCAACCCCGAUGAGGCUGUUGCUUUCGGCGCAGCUGUUCAAGCCGGUGUUUUGUCCGGUGAUGAGGGUGCUACCAAUGUCGUCCUUAUGGACGUGAACCCAUUGACUCUCGGUAUCGAGACUACUGGUGGUGUCAUGACUAAGCUUAUCCCCCGUAACACCCCCAUCCCAACUCGUAAGAGCCAGAUCUUCUCGACCGCUGCCGACAACCAGCCCGUCGUCUUGAUCCAGGUCUUCGAAGGUGAACGAUCCAUGACCAAGGACAACAAUCUGCUCGGCAAGUUCGAGCUUACCAACAUUCCCCCGGCUCCCCGUGGUGUCCCUCAGAUCGAAGUCUCCUUCGAGCUGGACGCCAAUGGUAUCCUGAAGGUGUCAGCUCAUGACAAGGGAACCGGAAACACCGAGUCCGUUACCAUCACCAACGAUAAGGGUCGACUCAGCCAAGAAGAAAUCGAGCGCAUGGUCGCUGAGGCUGAGAAAUUCGCCGAGGAGGACAAAGCUACCCGUGAGCGUAUCGAGGCCAGAAACGGUCUGGAGAACUACGCCUUCAACUUGAAGAACCAGGUCAACGACGAGGAUGGCCUCGGUGGUAAGAUUGAUGAGGAAGACAAGGAGACUAUCCUCGAUGCCGUUAAGGAGACGACUGACUGGCUCGACGAGAACGCCGCUACGGCGAGCGCCGAGGACUUCGAGGAGCAGAAGGAGAAGCUCUCGAACGUCGCCUACCCGAUCACAUCUAAGAUUUACAGCAACGCGGGAGGUGCCGCGGGCGACGAUGAGCCGUCACCACACGACGAGUUGUAAUAUGUUAUUGAUAGAUAGAUCUGUUUUCCAUUAGCAUACCCGGACGCACGAAUAAAGAAAGUUAAAUGAAAUUUUUCUAAUGCCAUAAUUUUAUGGUAUUGAGAAUUAAUAAGCACGAUGAGGAUGAAGCAUAUGUGUGGCUGGUGUUUUUUUGGUGACCGAUGUGAUUGCGAUUUUUGAUAGUCUAAAUGAUAAACUUUUGUUUUGACUGAGAUCGAGUCGAAUUAUUCUCCUAUCCACAGAAAUAUGUGAUCCAUACUGUAUAUGAACUCCAUAUUAAGACCAGAGGAAGGCGGUAAUAACUAGGUAGAGAGAGAUCCAGCUUCCUUUGAACGUUCUAUUGUCUUCACAUCAUCAGUUCAAUUAACGGGCGACUAGAGAAAUCGAUAGGUUAGGUACCUAACCUAACAUAUAAAGGGCGAGGCGACUGGACGGAAUACUAGGGUUUAGUGAUGGUGUAAUAGAUGGUGAAUAUGAG